AUGGGACAAAACAAUUCGCUUUAUACACCCUCUAUCCCUACUGAUACCGCGACACCACCUCAAGCGACCGACGAUGCCGACCAGGUCAUACCUCUAGACUGUUGUUACUUCUGUCUGACCCGUGGAGGCAACGCGGCUUACGAAUGUCAUACAGAAGAAGGAGCAGAUCUAUGCACGCGUUGUAUACGGGACAAGAAGAAGAAAUGCAGGUUGCCAACGCCUGAAGAAUCGGCAGCGAUAGCGGCACGUUGCCCACGGUGUACAAUACGCGGAUUCAAGCAGUGCGACGGGAGAGAUCCCUGCGAUACUUGCAUACGCAAUAAGACCGUACAUCUAUGUCGCAGGCUACCCGAGAAGAAGAAGCACAAGCUUGAGGAUGCGAGUGCAAAGACCGAGAUCAUCCCACAAUCUGAAGGCGUUGCACCAGAGCAGUCCCGCAGAGGCCGAAGAACUCGACGUAGCGAGGUACCUCAGACCAGUAAUGACGCCCAGGUUACUACGGAGGAUGUGAGUGAUGAAGCUGAUCACAACACAACACGUAACGGCACAGCUAGAUCGAAGCGCCGAAAGCUCGUACCGAGCAGCACACCCGAUCAUCAUAAACAGGUGGCUAGUCCGAAUUCAAGCCCAUCUGGGUCAAGUUUGCUCAAAGGCCCAGGGACACCGGCAAACCCUGUUGUCGCAAACAUUGCCGACGCAAACGAAGAAAUACAUAAUGGCGACGAUACGCUACCUUCACCCGUAAACUCAAACGAUCUUGUCUUACAUAACGAUCUGAAGUCAGCGAUGGCAUCUGGUGAUGAGGAUAUUCCCAUGGAGGACGACGAUUCACAUCAGCGAAAUGAGAUUGGCACGCGGAACCUCGGUCUCAGUGGACGCUCCAGUAGGGCUCGACCUAGAGUAUCCUACGUUCCGCAGUACUCUGACGACAUGUCCGACCAAGACCUGGGUCUCGCAGCCGAAGACGAAGAUGAGGACGUAUCAGACGUUUACAGUUCUCCCACAACGGACGAAGAAGAAGAAAGCGAAGCAGAAAUUGAGCCUGCAUCUUCUGACGAGGAAGCCUCGGGCACGAGUGACGCUGGAUCGUUAGACGUUUCGAUGGAUGAAGAUAUUAUCCCUGUCGAAGACGAUCAGCCCAAGGCAAAUCCACGCCGGAACACCAAGACUGGUGAAUCAGCUCGAGCUGGCAAAGGCAUAGACCUGAGCCUUCCCCCGCUCUCGAACAUUCAAGAAUGCAUGUCUGACAUGACUGCUAAAGCCAUGGAGCUCGGUCUUUGUGAGGCUUUGAAGAGCUUGGGAGGCCGAUCCAUUAGGGUUGCUACGAUGUGCUCUGGCACGGAAUCUCCCUUGUUAGCCUUGGAUGAGAUCUCGAAAGCACUUGAAACGAUGGGGAAAUCUCGGAUGCACAUUCAGCAAGAGUUCUCUGCCGAAAUCGAGGUCUUCAAGCAAGGAUACAUUGAAAGAAACUUCGCCCCAAAGAAGCUGUUCCGAGACGUCCGUGACUUCCUUCGCAAGGACACCACUACCGCCAUGACAGCGUACGGAGCAGAGGUAGACAUUCCCACGGGCAUAGAUAUCCUCAUCGCCGGCUUCGUCUGCAAGGAUCUCUCCAGGAUGAACAACAAAGGCAAAACUCUCGAUGACGGUGGCGAAUCGGGCGACACAUGGCGAGCAAUCUACACCUACGCGGAGCGCUUUCGCCCCAGUCUAGUACUCCUGGAGAAUGUCAAGAAUGAGAAGAAGACUUGGGAUGACGUGGUAAAACGUUGGGCAAAGAUCGGCUAUGAAGCUCAAUGGACCUACUGCGACACCAAAAACUUCUAUCUACCCCAGACAAGAGAAAGGAUGUAUAUGGUUGCGAUAGAGCGUUCACACUUCGGUAAAGAUGCGAAGAGCGCGACUGACCAGUGGAAGGAAUUGAUGCACAAACUUGAGAGACAGUGCAGCAGCCCUUACGAAGCUUUUCUUCCAGAGUCGUUGAAAGAGUCAAGUGGCUACAGUGUCUUGAAGAACGAACCGGACUGGGCUUUGUGUAAGCUCCGGAAUGACCACAUUCGCUCCGAAAAGAGACUAGGUAUACUAAGCCCCGUCAGCCGACGAAGCGACAGUGGUACCGUCAUGCCUCCCGAUUUCGCAGAUCGAAAGUUUUACAAUUCUCAAUCCUCCAGGGUGCAUGACGCCAUCGACAUCGCUCACCUAGAGUUUGCUGCCCUCAAGGGCUGUGAUUCACUUUACAAAAUGGCGCUCUGGGAUGUCAGCCAGAAUGUCGAUCGAUUCAAAGCAGACUUGGGUAUCGCGCCGUGCCUGACACCAGGCGGCCAAGAUUUCGCGAGCAAUCGUCAACAUACUCUCAACGGUAGCCAACUCUUGAUCCUUCAGGGAAUGCCCCUUGAUAGACUGCUGUUCGCCAACGAAACACAGAAGGACCUACAAAACCUAGCAGGCAAUGCUAUGUCAACUACAGUAAUCGGAGCCUCUCUAAUAUCUGCCAUUAUCGCUGGAUCCAGAGCCUUUCGCUCCAGUGACGUAGCAACAUACGACAAAGCACAAGCUCCUCCGCCCACCAGUAAAAUGAUCGUCCAACCAGAGGCCUUGGGACAUACAAUUCUGGAACCAAGCAUUUAUGAAGAUCUCGACCUGGCCGAGCUCAGACACGAAGCAAAGAUGAGUGCGCGGAUGUGCAACUGUGAAGGCAAACAAAUUAUCAGCAAGACCGCGAUUCAUGUCUGCUCUACAUGUGGACAUUCAGCUUGCGCCUCAUGCGCCGGGAACCCCAAGCACGUUUAUAAAGAAACGGUCUUGCCAAGUCGUCGAAAGCCGCCGCCUGACGAAUUCAUUAGGCGGUGGAGACCCAGGUUGCCUCCACGACUGAAGUUGGAUGCCUUCCCUAACAUCCCUCAUCUGGCUGCCAAGAUGGGUCCAAAAGACCCGAUCUUGAGCGAGUAUCUGACCGUCAUAUCGGAAGCGCAGCUGAGCUUACAGUAUUUCUGUAUUGGUGAAUUCUCCAGAGAGUACAAUGAGUGGAAGAUCACCUACAGCUCGCCUAGUGCCACGAUUGAGCUGAAGGUCGGCUCCGAUAUUCAAUGGUCAUUAUUCGUCAUAUGUCCACCGAAUCUCCCUGGCAACAGCCCCUUGCGCGAAUUCUUUCGCAAUCCGAUAGCACAUAGUGUCACCACCAAUACUCUCUUCGACGUUGAGUGGAAAAUACGCAUACCCUACACCAAGAACCAUACUCUUAACAUUAGCGGCUCGGUUGAGAAAAUUAGCUCUUGGAGGAGUCGACUUGGUCUUGCGGACUACAAAGAGGAGACCGUACCAAGAACCAUCAAAAUUCGAGGCAAUGACCAGGAGGUAGCGGCCAUCACCGGCGAUUACGAGCAUCAACCGCAUUGUGGAACUGCGUCGACUAGCCUUUACAAGAGGUUAACGGGGGUGAACAGCAUGUACUUGUUUCUCGAUCCUAACCCUAUCGGCCGACCAGAUCAUGACAGCUUCGUCUUUAGCCAGGACCAUACCCGCAAACACUAUGGAGACAGCCGUAUCACGCUGGCCCGUGUGGAUUCAUCCUGGCGGCCUUGGGACGUGGAGGACGGAUGUGUGGACGCCGUUGGCAUCACAAUUCCUGACGUGCACGCUCCUGCUGCAAUGACGCUUGUACCAGCAAUUGUUCCUCUCAACGUCGGUUUUCUCGAUGAAGGAUGCCUCAAAGACAACACCCUACCAGAUUGUUCCCAGGCGCUCACUUGCCUAGACGUCUCUCUUCAAGAUGAAGUCUCAGUGCGAACUUUUGCAGACUAUUCCUGGGCUUUAGAAAGCGCCAAGACACUACCGACAUGCUCAUCAUGGCAGACAGUGCAGUCAAACUGGUCCGGGGAGUGUUCCUGCGCACCUCUGUAUCCCGAGAUUCUCUGGAGUGUCAAUGAGAAGAGUCUAGCAACAGCACAUGAGGACCGCCAAGCUUCUGCCGCAUUCGAGCGCGCCAUCAAGCAGCGUCCUGACAUAGUUCAAUUGGAAGCUUCCAAUGAUUUGUCAGGGACACGAAUUCGGGUCGGUGUCGAUAUCCUGUCGUUGACGCAUCGCGCGCAAGGAAGGUUUGCCAAAGGUGUUUCCAUGACUACUUCCUGGAGACUGAUAACGGAUCAUGUUGAUCUACCUUCACAGCCCCUCCAGAAGUUUCAACUGCAAAGCAAUGCGAAUGAUAUUCAAGAUCCCGCAAUUACGCCGCCGGAGUAUCUGCAGGGAGCGCAAGUGAAGUCUGUGUCAUGGAUGGCAAAGCAAGAGCGGGGCAUAACAAUAAAGAUCACCGAGACAGAAGAGUCAGUGCACUCAGGUCUAGGUUGGAGAGCAGAGGCUCGAGCGGAGACAGAGCACGUUGUCCGUGGUGGCGUGCUCGCCGAUCACCCGUCCUUCGGCAAAACUGUCACAAGUAUUGGGCUCAUCCAGAGCGAAUUUGAACAGUGCACCAUGGAUGCACUCAUUCAGCGCAACCGAUCCGUGGCAGCUGAGCAGCCUCAACUUCUGGAUUCAGCUGCGACUUUGAUCGUUUCACCUCCCCAUAUUACAAGUCAAUGGAGUACGGAACUGGAGAACUUUCUAGAAUCCGAAAGAUACGAGAGCUAUAAUGUCCUUGUCAUAGAGAACUACAGUCAGCUGAAGGGUCUCACGAUUGAAGACCUCUUACAAAGCAAAGUCAUCAUAGUGUCCUGGACGCUGUUUGCCGAUGAAGCUUAUAUUUCGGAGCUAGCAAAGUUCACCGCAUUGCCAGAACCUUUGAUGACCAGCCGUCGUGCAUUCAGUUGCUGGCUGGAUAGGGCCGUUGGAGAAAUCCCUAACCAGCUGACUGUGUACAAGCAUCAUGACUACGAGGACUUUCAACGGCUGACGAAGGAACUCGUGGAUGAAAGGCUCCAGCAACCCGAGUUCCAGGCCACAUUGCCAAUAAGCAUCCGGCAUGGUAGCGCAUAUCUUUCUUUCGAGGCCAUGUCGUCUACUUCAGGCCCAUCGAAAAAAGCCAAAGCCAAGGCGAAAGCUAAGACCACAUCGAGACCAGACAGUUCGUCACACUUAGUGCCACUCGUCCAUCUGUUCCGGUUCAACAGAAUCAUCGUGGACGAAUAUCACUAUCUCAAUGACACAAACAAGAUAGGAAACAACUUCAUGGCCACGAGCAUCAAACAAGUUGCUGCACAUAAACGCUGGGUGUUGUCUGGAACGCCAGCCUUAGCCAACUUCUCUGAUGUCAAUCAGCUGGCAUCCUUCCUCGGAGUCAAACUUGGUCGGUACUUCUGUGGCGACGGCACAGUUACAACGUCCGCGGAGAAGGUCUCCAAACUUGACCAAACUGAUGUGGAAAGCUUCUUGUCACAAACGGAAGUCAUGUCCAGACAAUGGCAUGAAGCGAGACACCAACGGGCGCAGGCCUUUCUCGACAAAUUUGUGAGACAGAAUGAGGCUGAGCUUCAGCACAUUGACUGCUCGGAGAAGCUCCUAUCGGUGGAUCUGGAUGCUGCUCACCAUGCCGUCUACUUGGAGCUCUCUCAAUACCUCAUUUCUCAAAAGAUGCAAAUCAAAAAGCUCAACAAGAAGUCUGGCUCCGACAGGAGUAGCAGACUGAAUGACAGCCUAGAGAAUUCCGCAAGUGCCGAAGAAGCACUGCUCAGAUGUGCUUUGCUCUUUGAGACAGAGGAAGGCAAAUCUGCGCUUGAGCUCUUAUUCGAAAAAAGGUCGCAACAAUUACGCAACACCAAGAAGGACUUGUUGAAGCUGCUAUCGAAGUUCGAGGGCUUGAUGAAGAAGUCUAAGAACAACGAGCCGACCAUUAAAGACCUUUACGGCCAUUUCCAGAAGGAUAUAUCACAGUACAAUUGGCUCGGAGAUGACGAGUCCAGCCAAGUUGUUCGCGGCUUGAUCAAAGAAGCACAAAAGACCCCCAAAUCUGGCUUUGCUGAUGUCGCGGACAUGUCGAAACUUCAGCGCGAGCGGUUGAUCAAGCAGGAACUUUCACAGCUCCGAGAUACCGCUCUCGAAUUUGCGCAUAGGACAAGGUCAAAACGAUUCAUCGCAUCGAUCCACGACUAUCUUCAACAUGCAACUGUCGGCAAGGAACCUACCCGCUGUAGCUCGCCUGUUUGCAAAGGCGUAGCUAGCCCUCAAUUGCUCUUCUCGAUACCACACUGCGGACAUACCGCAUGCAAAGAGUGUCUUGCGUUGCGAACCGACGACGAGACUUGCGUACAUUCUGGCUGCAAUUCUUACGCAAGCGAAGGCAACCUGAUCCGGAUGGCUGAUCUUGGUCUAAGUCACGACCAACAUACUGGGCAGAGCUUUGGCAACAAGCUUGAGGCUAUUGCCCAACUUGUUCAAGGGCUUCCACAAUCUGAUCAAUGCAUCGUUUUCGCGCCAAACGAGGAGAUCAUCAGCAUUCUCGAGACCGUGUUCGACCACUGUAAUGUCUCUUACCAUUCGCUGGGCGGAAGUCGACAUAAGGCGUCGGCAGCGAAGCUUAUGGAGGACUUCAAGACGAACACAAAUCCUAAAAAGAGGAAAAAGCUCAUCAUACUCAAUCUGGGAAGCGAGUCUGCAGCUGGCGUCAAUCUCACAGUGGCCAACCACGUCAUAUUUGUUUCGCCCUUCUUGGCAAAGACGCAGUAUGACUACGAUUCGGCCAUGGCACAAGCUAUCGCUCGAAGUCGUCGUUAUGGUCAGCAGAAGAAGGUUCACAUCUAUCAUGUCAUCGCAAAGCGUACGAUCGACGUGGAUAUCCUCGAACACCGGCAUAGACGCAGCGACGCGAUUACUACCAUGGAGGCAGCGGUCGAGUUACCAAAGCCAUCGUCUACAAAGAAAGAAAGGACGAAGCUUCUCAAGAACAGCAAGGGCGAGAUGAUACUGGUGCCGCUCAGCUGGCUCGCAGAUGAGGCCAAGCGAAGAACGGUGGAGAUUAAGGAGACGACGGAGCAGUUCACCUCCCUGAUCAACUUUUCCGAGACGUUCGAGCAGGAGGAUGACGAGGCUUGA